GAGAAAAAGAGUAGGAAGACAGAGGACUGGAGAGAAGAGACCAGACACAGAGGAGUGGAGAGAAAAAGAGUAGGAAGACAGAGGAAGCCACAGAAAGAGGAAGAGACAAGAGGAACACCAGACCAGAGUCCCAGUGACUCAGGCUCUACACUGAAGACUUCUAGAUCCUGAACCUGUGUUAUCAAGGAGCCUCCGUCCUCCUCCCAGCCCCCAAGCCGUGUGUGUGUGUGUGUGUGUGGCACACCCCCCCCCCCCCCCCCCCCCCCCAGUCCACCAUGCUGUGGACUGUUCCCCUAGUUCUGCUGGUUCUCCUCUUACUGCAGACCCAGCUAUGUGUCUGUCUACGGGGGCUCCGAGCAGCCGGCUCUUCCUCCUCUCGCUCUCGUAAUGCCACCCAGCAGCGCCUGCCUGGAGCCGUCAUCAUCGGCGUGCGUAAAGGUGGCACCAGGGCCCUUCUAGAGAUGCUCAACCUCCAUCCGGACGUAGAGGUUGCCAAAGCUGAGGUGCACUACUUCAACGUGGAAGAGCACUUCCGGCGGGGGCUGACGUGGUACCGUGCCCAGAUGCCCUUCACCCUGCCUGGACAGCUGACGGUGGAGAAGACCCCUGGAUACUUUGCCUCUCCCCACGUCCCAGUGCGGGUCUGGGAGAUGAAUCCUGCUGUCCGACUACUGCUGAUAGUCCGCGACCCAGCCGAGCGCCUCGUCUCCGACUAUACCCAGGUCCUUCAUAACCGUGUGACCCGCCACAAGCCCUACCAGCCUCUAGAGGAGUUGCUGCUCCGACAGGGCCACAUCGACCCGGCCUACAAGGCUCUGCAGAGGAGCCUGUACCACCAGCACCUGGCCCGCUGGCUGGAUGUAUUCCCCAGGGAGCAGGUCCAUGUGGUGGAUGGAGAGGCCCUCAUCAGACACCCCUUCCCGGAGCUCCGCAGGGCUGAGAGGUUCCUGGACCUUCCCCCACGCAUUGCUCCCUCCAACUUCUACUUCAACACCACUAAAGGGUUCUACUGCCUCCUCUCUGCCGGGGGACAUGACAAGUGUCUGGAUGAGUCCAAGGGGAGGCCCCACGCUCCUCUCAGCUCACAGGCCUUCGGGAAGCUGUGUGGAUACUUCAGAGAACCCAACAGGCUGUUCUUUGAGAUGGUGGGGCGCUCCUUCAGCUGGUGUUGAACUGAUUGGGACAGAGCACAGAGAGAGAAGAUAGAGAGGGUACAUUGGAGAUAAUAUAAUAGCCCAUAAUAACAAUAUUUGUUAUCAUAAUUCUGUUGGCUUGCUUGGUUGAUUGAUGGUCCUGUGUGUGACUCAGUUGGUGGAGCAUGAUGCUUACAAUGCCAAGAUUGUGGGUUCAAUUCCCACUGGGGUCUGGUAUGGAAAUGAAAUGCACUCACAACUGUAAUACUCUGUGGAUAAGAGUAUUUGCUAUAUGACUAAAAAUGAUUGGUUGGAUGUUUUAAUUUGUGUUUAUUGAUGGGUGAGUGGGUGGAUUAAUCAGUUUCAGGUAGAUGAGAGAUGUGUGGACUACUGCUGCACACGUAGGACUUUAGAGAUCUCUGUGUUUUAAAUGUACUGUCAAUGAGCUUCUGCAAGCCAGGCUGAAACCCUGGGAGUAAGCAGCAUCCCAAGCAAAGACUGUAUAAGAUGACAAGCCCUCAAUGAGGGACACACACAUGAUGUGCAUAUUCAAUAUGGCUGCUCCACCCGUCACGGAUUAGAACCAUGACUUGAAUACGAGACCAUUCUAGUGAUUCAAUGUUUAUGCUACUACCUGCUGGAGAACAUGAACUGAAGUGGCCGUUUUGUGAUACUGUAUACCUGGUUCGUCCUAAUACUUCCUGAUCAUCACUCCUCCUGGUGCCUGUCACGUGAGCCUUUGCUUCCAGGGAUGAACACUGUCUGAUGAACAAACUGCCAUCAAAUGUCAGAAAGGAACUACAAUAACCUGUGCCAUACAAUUGUAUCAUGAACAAUCAGGACACAUAUAUAACUCUUGAAAUACAAAAUCUGUAGCUCCUGCUUCGUACUUUUGACGUUCAUUAAAAUGAGUUCUAGAACAGACACUUAGAAGAAACAGAUGAGUUCUACAACAGACACUGUUAAAACCUUAAAAGGAUCGUCCCCUUUUUUUUCCAAUCUUUAUCGAAAAUUACAUACCCAAAUCUAACUGCCUGUAGCUCAGGACCUGAAGCAAGGAUAUGCAUAUUCUUGGUACCAUUUGAAUGGAAACACUUUGAAGUUUGUGGAAAUGUGAAAGGAAUGUAGGAGAA